AAAUAGAUAUUUUGGGUAAAAAACAAGCUAGUGUACGAUCAGUAACAUACCGAAAAUGGCAUUUGGGCAGCUUGUGUUUUUCUGUUGCUUUAUCGGGGCGUCUUUUGCUCGAACUGAUCAAGAGAUCAAGAAAGAGUUCGUCGAACAAGCUGUUAUAUGCAGCAAGGAAAUCCCGGUGUCUGGAGACGAGUUUCAGAAAAUAAAGGACCACAAUAUCCCGGAUAACAUGAACGCCAAGUGUCUGGUCAAAUGUGUUUUACAUAAAAAAGGAAUGGUGGACGACAAAGGUAUGUUCGAUGAGAGCAGCUCUAUCAAAAUGUCGGAGAAAGAAUACGAGGGCGACAACGAUAAAAUAGAAAAAUCCAAGAAACUGUACGAAAUUUGCAGAAAAGUAAACGACGAAUCGCUCAGCGAUGACAGCGGUUGUGAAAGGGCAGCUCUCCUGGCGACUUGCCUCACUGAGCACGCUCCUAAGAUGGGAUUUUCCAUAGAAUAGAGAGCAACUUUAAGGUGCUUGAAGACGCUGUUUCUAAUAAGAGUGUGUGGUGUGUUUUAAAAAAAAGAAAGAGAAUAUAAUUUUACUUACUUUACAGUGAAA